AUGGCACCACAGUGGCGACCCGCCGCAGGCCUUAUUGCGUGGUCUACGCCGGCCGACUGGUCAUCGCCUUUCGUCGAGCGCCGAACAAGAUUUCACCCGCCGCUUUCCUCCCGCAUCGCCAGCUUGUCUUCGGGUCUCUCCUCAGCGCAUCGAUCGCACUCCCGCCGCCUGCAUGUGCGGGUUUCUUUGGCCCUGUGCGCCGUCGCUCUCUUGUUGGGCUCUCCCCCUCCUGGGGGACUCGCACUCAGCGCCUGCUCGGGUCUCUCGCGAAAAUGCGUUUUAGAGGCAACAAGCAUGCUAUCCCCCGCGUCGAGUUGCUCCGCCCUUCCUCCUCCGCCUCUUUGUCGCUCUCUGGCUGGCGUCCGUUCCGCUCGCUUCCGGUCUCGCGGGGUGAUGCUCCGCCGCGCCGAGGCGCCUCGCAGUCUUGCCGGCUUUGUCACCUCCCUAGCAACACAGCCGCUACGUGCGUCUCCGCUCGUCCGCGUCGCGAACGCGGGAAGGCUUGCUGGAGCGCCCCUACACUCCAGCCACCUGCAGUCCUCACUCCGCAUGCAGCCCCUUGGCAUGGGCCUGGCUGGCGCGCGGCCGUUUCCGCGGUUUGCCUGCUCUGCACAGAGGUCUUUCGCCUUUUUCCAGCCUCCGCAGAACGCCUCCAGGGAAGGCAGCGACGAGUCCACCGGCGGAGGCCUCGCGCCUCUGCCUCGAGAGUGCGCUGCGCGGGGGCACGGUCUUGUGCAGCCGUUCGAGCAGACGCAAGGCACGCGCAUGCAAGCGACGAGUCUGAAGGCUUUGGGCGACGAUGCGUUCUCGUCGGGUGCGUCGAGUUCCGCCCCCGCAAGCGGACGAAGCGGCGGUCCUCUGCGGCACGCAGAACUCUGUCUGAACCGCGUGACGCUGAUUGGCCGCCUCGGCACCAUGCCUGAGAUCCGCCAGAUGUCGAAUGGAGAGAAAUUCGCGUGGUUCUCCAUGGCGACGUCCGUCAACUGGAUUGACAAGGCAACUGGGGAUGCUCAGUCGCGGACGGAGUGGCAUCGCAUUGUCAUCUACGACGACGCUCUGGUCGAUCUCGUGGAUAAAUAUCUUCACACGGGGCGGCGCGUCUUCGUGGAAGGGAAGCUGCAGACGCGUCGAUGGACUGGAGCGGACGGAGUGGAUCGCUACUCGACUUCGGUUGUCGUCAGCCGCGCCCAGGGCGAGUUGAUUAUUCUCGACGCGCCAUCUUCUUCCUCUCACGCCCAUUCCUGCUCGUCUGCGGCGCGCCAGCAGACCUCCACCAGCGACUGGGCCGACGACGGCGGAGAGGCCAGCCACAGAGACGGCGCCGGCUCCACCUCAGGCCUCUUCGACAGCGGCGGGUGA